UCGCCCCAGCCUGACGAGCCCGAGGAGCAGCAGCAGCAGCAGCAGCAGCAGGAGGAGGAGGAGGCGCAGGCGGGGCCGCCGCUGUCGUCGCCCCGCUUCCCCCCUCGCCCUGCCCGCGUGAGACGCCCAGAUCCGCCGCGGGAACGGAGCCGCCGCCGCCGCCGCCCUCCUCCCGCGCCCUUCCGCCAUUACCGGCCUCCUUUUCCCGCCUCCCCGCCCGCCGCCCCCCUCCCCCGCCGCCGCCGCCCCCCCGGCCGGCCAUGCCGUCUCGGGCAAGGGAAUGAGCCGCAGAGGCCCGGGAUCUCGGCUGAGCGGCUCCUCGUCGUCGUCCGGCGCCAGGCAGCACUACCCCCCGCGGGGCUGGAAUGACUGGCAGCCCAGAACUGAUAGUGCAUCAACUGACCAAGAGAAUUUAAAAUACUCUUCAUCCAGAGACCGGAGUUCUUCCUCCUCCUAUGGAUUACAACCCUCAAAUUCAGCGGCGGUGUCUCGACAUAGACAUGAUGAUAUCCGAGUCCCCGCUGAUGUACAGAAUGAAGAAAAGGGUGGCUACAGCGUCAAUGGAGGAUCUGGGGAAAAUACUUAUGGUCGGAAGUCGUUGGGGCAAGAGCUGAGAGUUAACAAUGUGAACAAUCCUGAUUUUACCACUGUUCAGCAUGGGAAUCGUGCUUUAGGCGCAAAAGACAUGAGGAAAACACAAGAGCGAUCAUUGUCUUACUCUGAUGAGUCUCGACUGUCAAAUCUUCUUCGGAGGAUUACUCGGGAAGACGACAGAGAUCGAAGACUGGCUACUGUAAAGCAACUGAAAGAAUUCAUUCAGCAGCCAGAGAACAAACUGGUGCUAGUUAAACAGCUGGAUAAUAUCUUGACUGCCAUACAUGAUGUGCUUAACGAAAGUAGCAAAUUGCUUCAAGAGCUGAGACAGGAGGGCGCUUGCUGUCUCGGCCUGCUUUGUGCUUCUCUGAGCUACGAAGCUGAGAAGAUCUUUAAAUGGAUUUUUAGCAAAUUCAGCUCAUCCACUAAAGACGAAGUUAAACUCCUUUAUUUGUGCGCAAUGUACAAAGCGCUGGAGACCGUGGGAGAGAAGAAAGCCUUUUCAUCCAUCAUGCAACUUGUGAUGACUAGCUUGCAAUCUAUCCUGGAGAACGUGGAUACUCCAGAACUGCUGUGUAAAUGUGUCAAGUGCAUCCUUCUCGUGUCCCGAUGUUACCCCCACAUUUUCAGCACCAACUUUCGGGACACUGUUGACAUCCUGGUUGGGUGGCAUAUCGAUCACACUCAGAAACCUUCUUUGACCCAGCAGGUCUCUGGAUGGUUACAGAGCCUGGAGCCUUUUUGGGUAGCUGAUCUCGCAUUUUCUACCACGCUUUUGGGUCAGUUCCUAGAAGAUAUGGAAGCGUAUGCUGAGGAUCUCAGCCACGUGGCGUCUGGCGAAUCCGUCGAUGAAGAUAUACCACCUCCUUCUGUUUCGCUGCCCAAACUGGCGGCACUGCUUCGGGUUUUCAGUACGGUGGUGAGGAGCAUCGGGGAGCGUUUCAGUCCCAUCAGAGGGCCACCAAUUACUGAAGCUUAUGUCACUGAUGUUCUGUACAGAGUCAUGAGGUGCGUGACUGCCGCCAACCAGGUCUUCUUUUCGGAGGCUGUCUUGACCGCUGCCAACGAGUGUGUCAGUGUCUUGCUGGGCAGUUUGGAUCCCAGUAUGAAUGUACACUGUGAAAUGGUCAUCACUUAUGGGCUGGAUCAGCUGGAGAAUUGUCAGGCUUGCGGUACUGAUUAUAUCAUCUCGGUGUUGAACUUAUUAAUGCUGAUUGUUGAACAAAUAAAUACAAAACUUCCAUCGUCGUUUAUAGAGAAGCUAUUUAUACCAGAGUCUAAAUUGCUUGUGCUCCGCUACCACAAGGAAAAAGAGGUUGUUGCGGCGGCGCACGCUGUCUAUCAAGCAGUAUUGAGCCUCAAGAACAUUCCUGUUCUGGAGACAGCCUACAAGCUGAUCCUGGGGGAAAUGGCGUGCGCCUUGAACAGCCUCCUGUGCAGCUUGCAACUUCCGGAAGCUUGUUCCGAAAUCCAGCACGACGCUUUCAAGAGCCACGUGUUUGACGUGGCGAAUGCCAAGUUUGUGGUGAUAUUUGACCUGAGUGCCCUCACCACGAUUGGAAAUGCAAAGAACUCGUUGAUUGGCAUGUGGGCUUUAUCUCCAACGGUGUUUGCGUUGCUGAGCAAAAACCUGAUGAUUGCGCACGGCGACAUUGCGGUUUACUUCCCUGCCGUCCAGUUUGCUGUGCUCUACACACUGUAUUCACAUUGCACUAGGCACGAGCACUUCAUCUCUAGCAGCCUGAGCUCCUCUUCCCCUUCCUUGUUCGACGGGGCUGUCAUCAGCACGGUAACUACGGCCACCAAGAAACAUUUUACGAUCAUACUGAACCUCUUGGGACUCCUGCUUAAGAAGGACAACCUUACACACGAUACCAGGAAACUGCUAAUGACUUGGGCGUUGGAAGUGGCUGUCCUCAUGAAGAAAUCCGAGACGUACGCCCCGUUGUUCUCGCUCCCAUCCUUUCACAAGUUCUGCAAAGGACUUCUAGCAAACACCCUCCUAGAAGAUAUAAACAUUUGCCUUCAGGCAUGCAGCAGCCUUCACGCUUUAUCACCGUCUCUGCCUGAUGACCUGUUGCAGAGAUGUGUCGACGUGUGCCGCGUCCAGCUCUUUCACAGCAGCGCUCGAAUAAGGCAAGCGUUUGGGAAACUGUUGAAAUCUAUUCCUUUGGACGUAGUGUUAAGUAACAACCAUCACACAGAAAUACAAGAGAUCUCUUUGGCGAUCCGGAGUCACAUGAGCAAGGCUCCGAGCAGCACGUUUCACCCGCAGGACUUUUCUGACAUCAUUAGCUUCAUCUUGUACGGGAGCUCUCACAGAACAGGGAAGGAGAGCUGGCUGGAAAGGUUAUUUUACAGCUGCCAAAGGUUAGAUAAACGAGAACAAUCAAGUAUUCCACGCAAUUUGUUGAAAACAGAAGCUGUUCUUUGGCAGUGGGCUGUCUGGGAAGCCGCGCAAUUUACUGUCCUGUCAAAACUGAGGACCCCGCUUGGUAGGGCCCAGGACACUUUCCAAACAAUUGAAGGCAUCAUUCGAAGUCUUGCGGCCCACACUUUGAACCCUGACCAAGAUGUCAGCCAGUGGACUACAGCUGACAACGACGAAGGCCACAGUAGCAACCAGCUGAGACUUGUGUUGCUUCUGCAGUACUUGGAAAACUUGGAGAAGCUGAUGUACAAUGCUUACGAAGGAUGUGCCAAUGCGCUGACUUCUCCGCCCAAGGUCAUCAGAACGUUUUUCUACACUAACCGCCAGACUUGCCAAGAUUGGUUAACUCGAAUUCGACUGUCUAUCAUGCGGGUUGGAUUGUUGGCGGGACAGCCGGCUGUGACCGUCCGGCAUGGUUUCGAUUUACUGACGGAAAUGAAGACCAACAACGUUUCCCAGGGAAAUGAACUGGAAGUGACCAUCAUGAUGGUGGUAGAAGCCCUUUGUGAACUCCAUUGCCCUGAGGCCAUCCAAGGAAUUGCGGUGUGGUCAGCCGCCGUUGUCGGGAGGAGUCUUACCUGGAUCAGUUCUGUGGCUCUGCAAGCGGAAGGACGGUUUGAAAAAGCUGCCGUCGAGUACCAAGAGCACCUGUGUGCCAUGACCGGGGUGGAUUGCUGUGUUACAGGUUUCGAUAAAUCUGUCCUGAAGCUGGCCAAUUCAAACAGCGGUAAUAAUGCUAGCCCCAAGCACUCUCUGAAUGGGGAUUUGCGGAAAACAGUGCUGGCUAAGCCAAGCGACUCUUCCCCCGAAGUCAUCAACUACCUGGGCAACAAGGCCUGCGAGUGCUACGUUUCCAUUGCUGACUGGUCCGCCGUGCAAGAAUGGCAGAACGCCGUCCACGAACUGAAGAAGAACUCGAGCGGCGCCUCGGUCGCCUUAAAAGUCGACUUCAACUACAUCAAAUCUCUAAGCAGCUUUGGCAUUGGAGAGCUUGGAGAAUGUACUGAACAGCUGGAAUUGCUUCCGGGGGAAGACAUCAAUCUACUUAUUGGAGGAGCCAAGGAAAAAAUAGAUAUGAAGAAGCUUCUUCCUAACAUGCUGUCUCCUGAUCCAAGAGAACUCCAGAAAGCUCUUGAGGUUCAGUUACUGAGAAGCUCGGUCUGUCUUGCAACAGCAGUUAACCACAUGGAACAGGAGCAGAAGUGGCAGCCAAUUACGGAGAAUCUUGUCAAGUACCUGAAGCAAACGUCACGGAUUGCUAUUGGACCCUUAAAGCUUGCCACCUUGACAGUGUCUCAGUCUUUGCCGGUACUGAGCACCUUGCAGCUCUACUGUUCGUCUGCUUUGGAAAACACUGUGUCGAAUCGGCUUUCCUCAGAGGAUUGCCUCAUUCCUCUCUUCAAUGAAGCGCUGCGGUCAUGCAAGCAGCACGACGUAAGACCGUGGAUGCAUGCCCUUAGAUAUACAAUGUACCAGAAUCAGUUGCUGGCAAAACUGAAAGAGCAAGCGGUUCCAGUGCGAAGCCAUUUGAUGGAGCUGGACCUGACCGCUGCCAAGUUUGCGCGGAAGCGGGGCAACGUGGCUCUGGCAACCCGCUUGCUGGCUCAGUGCAGUGAAGUUCAGCUUGGGAAGACCACGACGGCCCAAGACUUAGUCCAGCACUUCAAGAAACUCUCUGCCCCCAUUCAGAUGGAUGAGAAAUGGGGCCCUGAACUCGAAAUUGAAAAAACUAAACUGUUGUAUACAGCAGGUCAGUCCACCCACGCCAUGGAGAUGCUGAGCUCCUGCGCCAUCUGCUUCUGCAAGUCUGCCAAAGCGGAAUACGCGGUGGCCAAGUCCAUCCUGACGCUCGCCAAGUGGAUCCAAGCCGAGUGGAAAGAGAUCUCGGGGCAGCUGAAGCAGGUCUACCGGGCACGGCAGCAGCAAAACCUGGCCGGCCUCUCGACGUUAUCCAAAAACAUCUACACUUUGAUUGACCUGCCGUCUGUCAACACCACCGAAGAGGACUAUCCCAGAAUUGAAAGUGAAUCCACAGUGAAUAUCGGUGUUGGAGAACCAGACUUCAUCUUGGGGCAGCUCUACCACCUGUCUUCAGCACAAGCUCCCGAAAUCGCCAAAUCCUGGGCAGCCCUCGCCAGCUGGGCUUACAGAUGGGGCCGAAAGGUCGUUGAUAACGCCAGCCAGGGAGGUGUCUGCCUUCUGCCGAGAGAGAAAUCCGAAGUUCAGAACCUGCUCCCAGAAAACGUUACGGAAGAAGACAGAGAGAAAAUCUAUAGCAUUCUCGGGCAGGCAGUGUGUCGGCCAGCUGGGAUUCAGGAUGAAGACAUGACCCUUCAGAUUGCAGAGAACGAAGACAACGAGGAAGACGACAUGGUGGAUGUGAUCUGGCGCCAGCUGCUGUCGAGUUGCCCCUGGCUUUCGGACCUGGACGAGAAUUCGACCGAGGGGCUGAUCAAAGUGUGGAGGAAAGUGGUGGACCGCAUCUUCAGUCUUUAUAAACUCUCGUGCAGCGCAUAUUUUACUUUCCUGAAGCUCAACGCCGGGCAGGUUCUGCUGGACGAGGACGACCCCAGGCUGCAUCUCAGAAACACUUCUGAGCAGAGCACUGAUGACGUGAUCGUCAUGGCCACCUUGAGGCUGCUGCGGCUGCUCGUGAAGCACGCUGGGGAGCUGAGGCAGUACCUGGAACACGGGCUUGAAACCACCCCCACAGCCCCAUGGCGAGGCAUCAUUCCUCAACUCUUCUCCCGCCUGAACCACCCCGAAGUCUACGUCCGGCAGAGCAUUUGUAACCUCCUUUGCCGAGUAGCGCAAGAUUCUCCGCACCUUAUCUUGUACCCUGCAAUUGUAGGCACCAUAUCGCUCAGCAGCGAGUCCCAGGCUUCAGGGAGCAAAUUCCCUUCCGCGAUCCCGACCUUUUUGGGAAACAUCCAAGGGGACGAACUGCUGGCCGGCGAGUGUGACGGAGGAAGCCCCCCCGCUUCUCAGGAGAGCCUAAAAGAUGAGCCGAAAACGGGCUUGAACGAAGACCAGGCCAUGAUGCAAGACUGCUACAGCAAAAUCGUUGAGAAGCUGUCGACCGCCAAUCCGACAAUGGUGUUGCAGGUCCAGAUGCUCGUGGCCGAGUUGCGCAGAGUCACCGUCCUUUGGGACGAACUGUGGCUGGGCGUCCUACUGCAGCAGCACAUGUACGUCCUGCGGCGGAUCCAGCAGCUGGAAGACGAGGUGAAGAGAGUCCAGAACAACAACACCCUGCGAAAAGAGGAAAAAAUGGCCAUCAUGCGCGAGAAACACACAGCCCUGAUGAAACCCAUUGUCUUUGCCCUGGAGCAUGUGCGGAGCAUCACCGCGGCUCCUGCGGAAACUCCUCAUGAGAAGUGGUUCCAAGACAACUACGGCGAUGCCAUUGAAAACGCUCUGGAGAAACUGAAGAACCCGUCGAACCCGGCUAAGCCGGGGAGCAGCUGGAUCCCUUUUAAAGAGGUCAUGCUCAACCUUCAGCAGAGAGCCCAGAAGCGGGCCAGUUACAUCCUGCGUCUCGAGGAGAUCAGCCCGUGGCUGGCUGCCAUGACCAACACCGAGAUCGCCCUCCCCGGAGAGGUGUCUGCCCGAGACACAGUCACGAUCCACAGCGUGGGGAGCACCAUCACAAUCCUGCCCACGAAAACCAAACCCAAGAAGCUCCUGUUCCUGGGCUCGGAUGGGAAGAACUACCCGUACCUUUUCAAAGGUUUGGAAGACUUGCAUCUCGACGAACGGAUCAUGCAGUUCCUGUCCAUUGUCAACACGAUGUUUGCCACCAUCAAUCGCCAAGAGACGCCCCAUUUCCACGCGAGGCACUACUCGGUGACACCGCUGGGAACCCGAUCGGGCCUGAUUCAGUGGGUUGACGGAGCCACCCCGUUAUUUGGUCUGUAUAAGAGGUGGCAGCAGAGAGAAGCCUCUUUGCAAGCACAGAAGGCUCAAGAUUCCUACCAGACGCCUCAGAAUCCUGGAAUUGUCCCAAGACCCAGUGAACUGUACUACAGUAAAAUAGGGCCCGCAUUGAAAGCCGUUGGACUUAGCUUGGAUGUGUCUCGCCGAGACUGGCCGCUGAAUGUCAUGAAGUCUGUCCUGGAAGAGUUAAUGGAAACCACGCCGCCCAAUCUUCUAGCUAAAGAACUUUGGUCAUCCUGUACUACCCCUGAUGAAUGGUGGAGAGUUACACAGUCUUAUGCAAGGUCCACAGCAGUAAUGUCUAUGGUUGGCUACAUCAUCGGUCUCGGAGACAGACAUCUGGAUAACGUCCUGAUCGAUAUGACCACUGGAGAGGUCGUUCACAUAGAUUAUAACGUUUGCUUUGAAAAAGGGAAAAGCCUUCGCGUCCCAGAGAAAGUUCCGUUUCGGAUGACCCAGAACAUUGAGACGGCGUUUGGGGUGACUGGAGUUGAAGGGGUGUUCAGGCUUUCCUGCGAACAGGUGCUGCACAUUAUGCGACGCGGCCGAGAGACCCUGCUGACGUUGCUGGAGGCUUUUGUUUACGACCCGCUCGUGGACUGGACCGCCGGAGGGGAAGCCGGGUUUGCUGGAGCCGUGUACGGCGGAGGGGGGCAGCAGGCUGAGAACAAGCAGAGCAAGAGAGAGAUGGAAAGAGACAUCACGCGCAGCCUCUUCUCUUCCAGGGUAGCCGAAAUCAAGGUCAACUGGUUUAAGAACAGAGAUGAAAUGCUGUCUGUCCUUCCGAAGCUGGAUGGCAGCUUGGGAGAAUAUUUGAACCUGCAAGAGCAAUUAACAGAGGUUGAAAAACUGCAAGGCAAACUCUCGGAAGAAAUUGACUACCUGGAGGGAGCAGAAGGGGUGGAUCACCUGUCUCACACGCUGCAGCACAGGUAUUCUGAACACACUCAGCUGCAGACUCAGCAAAGAGCCGUGCAGGAAGCCAUCCAGGUGAAGCUGAACGAAUUUGAGCAGUGGACCUCUCACUACCAAGCGGCGUUCAACAACCUGGAAGCGACGCAGCUUGCCAGUCUCCUCCAGGAAAUCAGCACCCAAAUGGACCUCGGCCCACCGAGCUACGUGCCUGCAACCGCCUUCCUCCAGAAUGCCGGCCAAGCGCACUUGAUCAGUCAGUGUGAGCAGCUAGAGGGAGAAGUCGGGGCUUUUCUUCAGCAGAGGCGCUCUGUGCUGCGCGGGUGCCUCGAGCAGCUGCACAACUACGCAACGGUCGCUCUCCAGUACCCCAAGACGGUGUUUCAGAAGCACCGUGUGGAGCAGUGGAAGACCUGGAUGGAGGAACUCAUUGUUAACAUGACGAUUGAAUGCAGUCAGGAUCUUUACAGGAAGUAUGAAAUUCAGUACGCUCCUCAGCCCCCACCGGCCGUCGCCCAGUUUAUCACCACGACCGAAAUGACACUGCAGCGGUAUGCCGCUGACAUAAACACCAGACUGAUCAGGCAGGUGGAGCGCUUGAAGCAAGAGGCGGUCACGGUUCCCGUCUGCGAGGAGCAGCUGAAAGAAAUCGAGCGCUGCAUUAAGGUCUUUCUCCAUGAAAAUGGAGACGAGGGCUCUCUGAGCUUAGCGAGCGUCAUCCUUACUGCUCUGUGUACUCUUACCAGGCGUAAUCUCAUGAUGGAAGGCGCAGCGUCGAGUGCUGGGGAACAGCUGGUGGAUCUGACUUCCAGGGACGGAGCCUGGUUCCUGGAGGAGCUGUGCAGCAUGAGCGGGAACGUGACGUGCCUGGUGCAGCUGCUGAAACAGUGCCACCUGGUCCCCCAGGACUUAGAUAUCCCCAAUCCCGUCGAAGCGUCGGAAGCCAUUCACCUGGCAAACGGAGUUUACAUCUCUCUUCAGGAGUUGAAUUCCAAUUUCCGCCAGAUCAUCUUCCCCGAGGCUCUGCGGUGCUUAAUGAAGGGCGAGCACACCUUGGAGAGCAUGCUGAACGAACUGGACGGCCUCAUUGAGCAAACGACCGACGUCCCUUUGCAAACGCUGGUGGAGUCUCUUCAGGCAUACUUGAGAAACGCGGCCAUGGGGCUCGAAGAAGAAACCCACGCUCAUUACAUUGAUGUGGCGAGGAUGCUUCACGCCCAGUACGGUGAACUGAUUCAGCCGAGGAACGGCUCGGUGGAUGAAACCCCCAAAAUGUCAGCGGGGCAGAUGCUGUUGGUAGCCUUCGACGGGAUGUUUGCCCAAGUGGAGACCGCGUUUGGGCUGUUGGUUGAAAAGCUCAACAAGAUGGAAAUCCCCGUGGCCUGGCGCAAGGUCGACAUUAUCAGGGAAGCCCGCAGCACGCAGGCCAACUUUUUCGACGACGACAACAAUCGGCAGGUCUUGGAAGAGAUUUUCUUCUUGAAACGGUUGCAGACGAUUAAGGAAUUUUUCAGGCUUUGCAGUACUUUUUCCCGGACGCUUUCAGAGCAAGGGAAACGCAUUGUAGAGACCAUUAUUAAAUGCUACUAA